CACCCCGGGGGCUGCCAACGCCAGCCGCCCCCCUCCCCAGCCCUGCUCCGAAGCCCCCUCCUCAGCUCUGUGUACAGCUCCUCCGACGCCUCCCGGGCCGCUACGCCUCUCCCUCGGACUCCAGGACAAACGUCCCCUCGCGCGGUGCACCCGGAGCCCCGCCCGGGCCUCAGGGGUGCCGCGGCCGCCCAGCCGCACUUGGAUGCAUAGCCUCUGCCGCCUGGUCCCCGCUGUUGCCGCCGCCUCCUGUCCGCACUCGCCGCUGCCGCCGCCGCCGCCGCUCUGAAUUAUUGAUGCAGCGGGCGCUGCAGCCGGAGCGGGCAGAGAGCGCGCGCCGGGCACAAAGGCGCGGACCAAGCCUGGCCCCGCCCCCGCCCCUCCCAGCCAGCCUCCCUGAGCGGCCCCGCCCCGCCUCCGUCGGGGCCCCGCCCCCCAGCCAAUCGCGACGCACCGCGCUCCCCGUCGAGCCAAUGGCUGCCCUGUCCGCGCGCGGCCACCUGACCCAGGGCGCCGUUGUUAUUAGGCGCGGCGAGGCGGGCGGCGCGCGGCAGCGGGGCUGGGCUCCGGCCGGGAGUCGGUGGAGGGAGCGAGGGAGGGAGCGCGCGCGCGCUCCCGGACAGUCCACCGCAGCCGCUUGCCCCGAGCCUUCUCCCUGGCCGCGUUGCCCACAGCCGCCUCGACCUCCUCGCGCGCCCUGUUCGCGGGCUCUCAGCUGUGCAUCCCUCCUCCUGCAGCGAGGAAAGAAGAAUAGCUUUAGCUGGUGUUUCCAGAGGCUCCAGUCCAGGGUCAGCCGGCUGCACUGCCUUCUCCCCUGUGGCUUCUGGAAGCCUUUGUCCAGAGCAUGGCUAGAAGCCCCUAGGAACUGUAUUUCCACAGGCAGCCCUAACCAGCCAUUGCCAAGGAGGGCUUUGCUGGUGGUCUGGAAACCUCGGGAAGAUGCUGCCUCCCUCUCUGUCCUCUUGUGGCAGCCGAGAUGGUGGCAUGGGACCGUGAUUCCUUCCCAUCUGCACCAGCUUCUUCCUGCAUCUUCUUGAGGACACUGUCACUCUCAGCACCUUGGCCCAAGAAGCAAGAUGGAAACAGAUGCAGAGGCCCCACUGUUCGCUGACGCUCCCAGACUGCCCUUCAGGUCACCCUCUGUGACAUGUCACCGAGGGGGAGCCAGUCCACGAGUGCCCAUUCUAUCACAGUCAGCUCCUGCCUGCAUCUGUCACUGCUGAUUGCAUUUGAAUGGCUUCGUCUCUUUUUUAAAUAAAAGAUUUAUGCCUUA